UCUUCAUUGCUUUUCCAAUAAUCUCUCCUUUUACUUUGAAAUCCAUGGCGAUUGUAACCCUUUCUCGUCCCAACAAAAUGGUUGUGGCCUUAGCAUUAGCCUUAUUCGCCGUGUUCAUGGGGAACUCAUCGGCUCAUCUCUCUCCCGAUUUCUACUACAAGAGCUGCCCUAAGCUCCUUAGCACUGUCCAAGCUGGUGUUCGGUCUGCCGUGGCUAAGGAACCUCGCAUGGGCGCUUCCCUUCUCCGCCUCCACUUUCAUGACUGCUUCGUUAACGGUUGCGAUGGAUCGAUUCUUCUGGAAGAUACUCCUACGUUUACGGGAGAGCAAACUGCAGCUCCUAAUAAUAGAUCCGUUAGAGGGUUCAAUGUGAUUGAGAGUAUAAAGAAAAAUGUUGAAAAAGUUUGUCCUGGUGUUGUCUCUUGUGCUGAUAUAUUGACUCUUUCUGCUCGUGACUCUGUCGUGGCUCUUGGAGGACCAAGUUGGAAGGUUAAAUUAGGGAGAAGAGAUUCCAAAACAGCCAGCUUCUCUGACGUCGUUGGUGCCAUUCCUCCGCCAACUUCCACCCUCGACACCCUCAUCAACCGAUUCAACACCAAGGGCCUCUCCCCUCGAGACUUGGUUGCCUUAUCCGGAGCCCACACCAUUGGACAAGCUCGGUGUUUGUUUUUCAAGAACCGUAUAUACAACGAAACCAACAUCGACAAGUCAUUUGCUAAAGAGAGGCAACGAAGCUGCCCAAGAAAUGGAGGAGACGACAAUCGUGCCCCUUUGGACUUUAGAACCCCAAAGCUUUUCGAUAACUACUACUACAAGAACCUUUUGGAGAAGAAGGCUUUGCUCCGCUCCGAUCAAGUCCUCCACGACGGCGGAUCCACCGAUUCCUUGGUUGAACUCUACCGUGACGACAGUAAUGCCUUUGAGUCUGACUUCGUGGCUGCUAUGAUCAAGAUGGGCGACAUUCAGCCACUCACUGGAUCACAAGGUCAGAUCCGAAAGGUCUGCAGCCGACCCAAUUGA